GUGAACCACACACUAUUUUCCCGUUGACGCUACCAAACAAACAAACAAAGGAUUAAGGAACCCAUAUAUUUGGAUCACACUCCCUAAAGAAAGCAAUGACAAAACCAAAACAAAAAAAAAAAAAGAUCCAACUUAAAUACGCUUGCCAAGAUUCAACUUUUCACUUUCACCAAUUCCUUACAUAGAUCUCUCUCUCAUCCUCCAAAUCUUCGUUUACUAAUCUAAUUAUCACAAACAACCUUCUUUCUGCAAAGAUCUCUGGGUGUUGGGCUCUGAGUUUCAUUUCUUUUUCUCGGCCAUAAUGGAGAAGAAGGUGGUGUUGGCUGUAGUGUGUGCCGCCGCUGUGGCUGGGGCUGUCACGGCGGCCUUCGUUGUCAAGCGAAAAAUGAGGAAGGAUGGUAAGUGGGCCAGAGCAAUAGAAAUAGUGAAAGAGAUGGAGGAAAAAUGUGCCACCCCUAUUGGAAAGCUGAAGCAGGUUGCUGAUGCCAUGCUUGUGGAGAUGCAUGCUGGUCUUGCCUCGGAAGGUGGAAGCAAACUUAAGAUGCUCAUCAGCUAUGUCGAUAAUUUGCCUACUGGUGAUGAGAAUGGAUUGUUUUACGCAUUGGAUCUUGGCGGAACAAACUUCCGUGUAUUGCGGGUGAAACUUGGGGGCAAGGAUGGUCGUCUGGUUAAUCAAGAAUUUGCAGAGGUGCCUAUUCCUCCAAAUUUGAUGACUGGGACAUCAAAUGCACUGUUUGACUAUAUUGCAGCAGAACUAGCAAAAUUUGUUGCUCAAGAAGGUGAAGAGCUUCAAAGUCCGCCUGGUAAAAUGAGGGAAUUGGGUUUCACCUUCUCAUUUCCUGUUAUACAAACAUCCAUCGCUUCUGGGACUCUUGUUAGGUGGACAAAAGGCUUCUCUAUAGAUGACACUGUUGGCCAAGAUGUCGUGGUGCAAUUGACCAAAGCGAUGGAAAGACAGGGUGUUCAUAUGCACGUAUCAGCUCUGGUCAAUGAUACAGUUGGAACCCUAGCUGGAGGCAAAUACUUCAACAAGGAUGUUAUUGCUGCUGUGAUCUUAGGUACUGGGACAAAUGCUGCUUAUGUGGAAUGUGCACAAGCAAUACCAAAAUGGCAUGGUGCUUUACCUGAAUCUGGCGAGAUGGUUAUCAAUAUGGAGUGGGGUAACUUUAGGUCAUCACAUCUUCCUCUUACUGAUUAUGACCUUGCAUUGGAUGUUGAAAGUUUAAAUCCUGGUGAACAGAUCUUUGAGAAGAUAAUUUCUGGUAUGUACCUGGGAGAAAUUGUACGCAGAGUUCUUCUAAAUAUGGCUGAAGAAGCUGCUUUUUUCGGUGACAUUCUUCCCUCCAAACUUAAAAUUCCUUUCAUAUUAAGAACACCUGAUAUGUCAGCAAUGCAUCAUGAUACAUCUUCUGAUCUUGAAGUGGUGGGGAGUAAAUUGAAGGAUAUUUUAGAGAUAUAUAAUACCUCGUUGAAAACAAGAAAAGUAGUUGUUGAGCUCUGCAACAUUGUUGCCACCCGUGGAGCACGACUAGCAGCAGCUGGAAUUUUAGGCAUCCUGAAGAAAAUGGGGAAGGAUACAGUCAAAGAGGGGGAUAAACAGAGUACAGUGAUAGCCUUGGAUGGUGGAUUGUAUGAACACUAUAGUGAGUAUAGCAAAUGCAUGGAGAAUACUCUUAAUGAAUUGCUUGGAGAAGAAGUGUCCAAAACCAUUGAGAUUGUGCACUCCAAUGAUGGAUCUGGCAUCGGAGCUGCUCUCCUUGCUGCCUCGCAUUCACGUUAUCGUUAAGUUGAGCAUCUUGCCAUAGGAAAGAUUUCUUUGUUUUUUUUGGGCUUCAUUGCAACCCCUCCACAUUUUUUUCCCCUUUAAUCAUAUUGUCGUCGUGUUUCUUCAUUGAUCAUCAUUCUUCAACUUUGAUUUAGAAGAAUGGUACUGUGAAUACUUAAAUCACACCUUCCAGAACAUGUAGAGGUGGAUUCAAUAUAUUAAAGCAGGACCUGGAAGUGGCCAAUAUUUUUAUGCUUAGGCCUGCAAUUCUAAUGGACUGAUCCUGCUAGUGGUUGCCAGUUUCUCCUGGUGGUAAUAAUAAAUUGAAUUCUUUA